AUGAAUCGGCUCAGCGUUCUUAUUCUCCUGCUUGGCGCCUUCGCCUCCCUGGCGGUCGCAGCGUCGGCGCCGACGUUCUGCAAAUGCACCUGCUUCACCAACAGCACAAUCAUAGAGAUCAAGCCCAAGUCCUCAACAGGCGGAUCAUCCUCGAGCCCCCCGCACCAGCCCCCCUCCGAAGGCACCACGGACCCAGACUCCCUAGGCAUGAUGGCGGCGGUCAGCGACGACAUGGAGAUGGAGGCGGCAGCGGCAGCAGCAAAUGGGAAGAGGGGCCUGCCGAACCGGCGCGCACAGGGCAGCAACUCGUCGCCGUCGUGCAGCCAGUGCAACCGCAGCUUCUGCCUGUCGCAGUCGCUGCCGAUCUGCAAGGGCGCGGCCGACAAGGACGUCGUCACCAUGUGCUUCCAGCGCGACAGCCGCAAGGACCAGGUCAUCGUUUGGGGGUUCAUCCUCGGCACCGCGGGCCUGCUGGGCUGGGCUGCCGUGCAGAAGGCCGUCGACCUGCGGCAGACGGGCGGCCUUGGCGGGAUUCCCGGGAUUGGAGGAGGGAGUGGUGGUGGUUCUGGUGCUCCUGCUGGCCCGCCUAGGGGGAGGAGGGUUGGUGGUGUGUUGCCUAUUUCUCGGGGUGCUGUGGGCUCUACUGGGACGGAUGGCGGGAGGGGCGCGUAUGCGGCUGUUGCUGGUCAUAGUCGAGAGAGCAGUCUCCAGACGACUUAG